GUCAUGUAUUUCACCCUCUGCGCCGCGUGACGUCACGACACCCGAGUCACUUUGUUCGGUGCUCGCUGUGGACCCAGGCGAGACGCUGCGCCAUGUUGCUGCUGUUGCUGUGAUGUUUGGUUGUUGUCUACGCAGAAUCGUUCACGUGGAGCAGUGAGAUUUGGGGCUGGAAUUAAAAGGCAUCGAUGCUUCCAGUGUCCAUACAAUACGGAUGAGAUGGGCAAAUUGAAGAAACACCAGAGAACACACACGAAAGAGAAGCCCUUCAAGUGCAUGGUGUGUGAGGCGACAUUUACACAGGCAGGAUCUCUUAACAUUCAUCAGAGAAGACACACAGGUGAGAAGCCCUUCAAGUGCACUGUGUGUGGGAAGGCAUUUUUACUUAAUCGAGAUUGUCAAAUUCACGAGAGAAGACACUCAGGCGAGAGGCCAUUCAAGUGCACUGUGUGUGAGAAGACAUUUUCAUGGUUACAAUGUCUUCGUGUUCAUGAGCAAAUACACUUAAGCAAGAAGCCAUUCAAGUGCACUGUGUGUGGCAAGUCAUUUGGGCUUCUACGAUGUCUUACAGAUCAUGAGAAAAUACACUCCGGCAAGAAGCCCUUCAAGUGCACUGUGUGUGAGAAAGCAUUUGGAAAUGCAGCACAUCUUAAAAGACACCUUAUAAUGCACUCUGACGAAAAGCCCUACAAGUGCUCUGUGUGUGGGAAGCCAUUUUCACGGCCUGAAGCCCGAAGGAGGCAUGAAAAGAUCCACAAUAAGUCGAAGGUGAAAUCGAGACGUGGACGUAAAAAAAGAGCCGCAUUGAGCCCAUCUCGCAUGGAACAGGGACCAGAAGACAACCCAAUCGUCGCAACGUCGCUAGCAGUGAAGGUGAAACAUAAAGAACUGAAGGUGAAACAUAAAGAACUGAAGGUGAGACAUAAGGAAGUGAAGGUGAAACAUAAGGAAGUGAAGGUGAAACAUAAAGAAGUGAAGGUGAAACAUAAAGAAGUGAAGGUGAAACAUAAAGAAGUGAAGGUGAAACAUAAAGAAGUGAAGGUGGAAUGUGAAGUGAAGGUGAAAUGUAAAGAGGUGAAGGUGGAAUGUGGAGUGAAGGUGAAAUGUGAAGAGGUGAAGGUGAAAUGUGAAGAGGUGAAGGUGGAAUGUGAAGAGGUGAAGGUGAAAUGUGAAGAGGUGAAGAUGGAAUGUGAAGAGGUGAAGAUGGAAUGUGAAGAGGUGAAAUUGGAAUGUGAAGAGGUGAAGGUAGAAUAUAAAGAAGUGAAGGUCAAAUGUGAAGAUGAAGGUUCAACUCCAGGACCUGACCUCCAGGUGGAUGAAGUCCGCGUGAAGCAGGAGAAGGAUUCAGACUCUGAGAGAGAACGAGGCCACCACAGGGAAUUUGUGGAUGUGGAGGUGUGGGUGGAUUUUGGGGGAGUGGUGUAACAACGGCCGAGUUUGAUUCCCGCUCACGGCUAACACCGGUGACGAUUAUUUGAACCGGUCCUGGGCCUCCCCUAGGUCAACUCGGUCACAAAUGAGUACCUGGUACAAUGUGUAAACAUCGCCACUGGGAAGACAAAGGUAGUUGGGCACGAUGCUGGUCACCCAUCUGUCACGUUACCUAUCCACGGAGGGCUGAUGGUUGGGGUGUAUUGCCGUCGAGCUGGUGUUAGACCACUCAGAGACUUGGCUGUUAGGGAUGUGUAUAUAUAGGCCUUUUUCCAAAAUUCAUAUCAAGAAUAAUUCGGCCAAUAUAUAUUUUUAAUAAAUAAUUUAACUCCGCUACCCCUAACAAGCACCCAGCAUUUGGAGGUCGUAAAAUGCCAUUAAAUAAUAAACUCAGGGCAGAGGAAGGUUAGCGACUAUCUGGAAAUUUCCAGAUUGACAAAGGGCAUAUGACCCCGACCUUCCCAAACGUUUUGGACAGUUCAUAAACAAAUAUGCAGAGCCAGGAAAAAAACACAGAGCAGAGACAAACAAACAACAUUACAACUCGCAUCUUCUUUAACGAUAAAAAUUUGAAACUCGGCAAAAAGAACAAAUCCACGUUAUAGGCUGGCAGUCUAUCAGUGGUUUUAUCAUUGUUACUUAUUUUAUUUCACCCUUAUUCAACUCAUAUAAUUUUGUAUGGUAUCUUUCUAUCUAUGUAACUUCACCAAAUGAACCAAAUACACGAGCCCCUGCCAUCAAGAAAACUUAAGUCCAAACUAAUGCUAUUCUUCCAGCAUCAAAAUAUAACUCAAAAUAAAACACCAAUCCAUGGAGACAGACUUAUAACCAAGCUUGGCAGAACCCUCAAAAUAAUGACGUAAUGAAGAGCAUUACGAAUAUUGAUUAAACAUGAACCGAAUAAUCACGAUAUAUUAAAACCGGGUGUAACUCAUAAGAGAUACAAGGAAUAAAUCCAACACAAGACCACAUAAUAUGUAUUCCAUGGAACCAAAGCCUCCCUGGCCACCUUUGUCUUCCAACAAUUCGACAAACACAUGUCAGCCAUAAAUAAGUAUGAAGGGUGUCUGGCCUCGAGAUAACACUAAGAAGGGGGGGAAACGCAAACAAGCAUAAACUUGAUGGAAAACCGCUCUCUCGGGGUCACCAAAGGAAGAGGGGGGGGGGCAAUCAGGCGUGGCCACGGGGGAAGAGCAGAACAGAGUAAGCAUGUGUUUUUUUUCCUCGCAAGAGACGCAGGGAAGGGAGAGAAUUCAGAUGUAAAGAGAGACACAGCCAUACAUCAAAACACCACCAACACAGAAGAAGCUUGCCAGCAGAAGAAGAAUCCAGCAGACGAAGACUCUGCAAUCAACCAGGAUGGCGAGGCCCGCUGAGUAGCGAUGUGCUACCAGUGCGACUUCGGCGCUGACCGAGACCGAAGAGGUAUCGCUCGAAAGCCACUCUGCCCUGAGUGCCCACUCCACCGAGCCACUGCAGUGCGAGUGGAGCUGACGAGAAUUUCAGCAAUCAUCCUCGAGAAAGGGCGGAAAGCGCCAAACAUGGACCAAGCCAGCAUCAUAGAGAACCAGCUCCAUCAGACAUUUGUGCCUGCCACCAGCGAACGAGAGCAUUGUUCAUCGUUAGAGAACCCGCAGCCAGAAAAGGGCGCACAGCCGUGCCGCCAGUGCCACCGAGCACAGGUGUCCGCUUGCCAGCGGACGAGCCACACGAGCGACUUAGCAUCUUCAAGGACAAGCAUCGUGCCGACGCAGCUCAUCUAGCAGCAGAGAGAGAGAGCCGGCGGCUAACUGCAGACACGCCCGUGCGAGAGAGCAAAAGGGAGCCACAAGCUGUUUGUAUGCCCCUCCCCCACCCUCACAAGCUCACGACACUGCACCCGGCAGAGGUCGCAAACGGGUUUUGAUUCCUUACCCGUACCCGGCCGCACCAGGGUCGCAAAUGGGUACCUGUACCCGGCCAGGUACAGGUUCCCGUUCCCUACGCGUACCCGUACCCUACUCGAAAUGAGUGACAAACGGUUACUCACCAGUGACUCACGGCCUACCCGUACCCAGCCGCACCAGGGUCGCAAACGACUACCCGUACCCGGCCGGGUAUCGGGUAGGGUACGGGUAUCCGGUUGCGACCUCUGGCGCCCGGCCUCUGCUUAAAAAAGAAUGUAUCAAGGGGACAAUACACACACACAUGAACCAUUAACUGGUCGUGAAGGCAUCGAUGCUCAUCGAGUGAUAUGAACACGGUCGUUAUAAGUACAUUAGUCGUUAUAUUAUAUAUUUUUUAAUCGCGUAAAAUUACCAAUGGAUUCAUCGAUGCAAACUAAACUUUUGAAACCUUCGUUAAGAAUCUACACGCUCACAGGGAGAAUAUUGUGUUAACUUUCUUUUGAACACCGAAUCUUGCCCACUAAUUAAUUGAAGCUUAGUCAAGAGAUAAGCAUAUCGCGUAAGCAGGACACACCGUCGCACACCAUUGUCUCAAGACGUUUCGUUAAUUAUAUAAUCUUGCCGAUGAAUCUAUUGACGUAUACUUUUGCCUUCGUGAUGUAAUAAUUUGCUUUUUAUUGCCUUUCGUAUGAAUAUCGUCGCUUGCAUGUUUUAAGGACUUUCCCUAUCGCUGUAUUUGCUCCCGUUACUCGGUGGAAUUAAUCCAUUUUUCGGUUGCCCAGUUAACACAAUCAUUGAUGGUUACAUGUACUGAUCAGUGAGGGGUGAUUCUCCGGUGGUACCGUGGAUAAUUCCAAGCAUGAGAGUUCGCAUAUUAGAGUCAUGUUUUUGUUUAGAAUAAAAAUUUAUUAAAGAGUCUGAGUGCUUC